AUGUCUUCAAUUGCCAAACGUGAAUUUACUGAGCUUGCCAUUGACGGUAGCAACUAUUUGACUUGGGCCUUAGAUGUUGAAAUGCAUUUGACAUCAAAGGACUUAAAGCAAACUAUUGCUGAUGAGUCACAAAGCACUGAUGCCCAGAAGGCACAAGCUCUUAUUUUCCUACGCCACCAUUUGAAUAACGAUCUUAAAAAUGAGUAUUUGACUGAAAAAGACCCACAUGCAUUAUGGAAGUCCCUGAAGGACCGAUUUGACCAACAACUAUCAAUUGUCCUCCCUCAGGCACAAUUUGACUGGCUGAAUCUGAGGUUUCAAGAUUACAAAUCUGUAAUUGAAUAUAAUUCAGCCCUGCACAAAAUUGUAUCACAGCUGAAGCUCUGCAAACAUGAAGUUUCAGAGUCUGAUUUAAUUGAAAAGACUUUGUCUACUUUUCAUGCGAGUAACCUUGUACUCCAGCAGCAGUACAGGGCUAAGAAUUAUGACAAACACUCUGAACUAAUUUCAGCACUUCUUGUGGCUGAAAAACAUAAUCAGUUGUUGAUGAAAAAUCAUAAUGCACGACCAGUUGGCUCUGCACCUGUGCCUGAAGCACAUAAUAUUGCCAAAGGUGGAAAAAUAGAAGAGGUCGUGGUAAGGGUCGUGGUGGUAGACACGGUCGCGGUAACCGUAGAGUGGGCACUGGUCCGUACAUGCCACAUACCAAGGCAUUUGGUUAAUGCUUAUCAAAUGAUGAUGAAGAAAGAUGAUAAGCAACCAACAAAGAAUGAAUCUCAUCAUGCCAGUACCAGUUUGCCUGCAGCAAACGCGGUCAUAAAUAAUGAUGAUGAUGAUCUCCUGAUGAAUUAUGAAAUUGGAGAUUUUGAGCUUGAAGAAUAG